CAGAAGCCAACGUCGUUCAUGGCUUCGGUAGCUAUAAAUCUGCUGUGGUGCCGUAGCUUCGACGGACGGGCAUCGAGGAGCACACACGGGGCUUGAAGAAGGACGAGAUGCACACCUCUUUUGCGGUGCCAAAGAAUGCCGAGAGCGAGCCCGAGCUAUUCUUAAUGCUAGAGGUCAUAGACGAAAUCUUCUCAGAGGCACAUAGCUGGUGCUUCGACGGCCCAGACUAUAUGCUGACCUGGCCACGGCAGCUAGCGUUGAGCCGUUUCCAUACUGGCGCUGCCCCGGGGCAGAAGAUACGCGCCUUCGACCCCAAGAAGGAGCCUAAUACGCUUAAGACCAACUUCGGCUACUGGAAGCAGUUCCUAACGUUCUGCUACCGGGUCGUCUACCGCGGCAGCCACUUCACCACGGCCGACGACGACUAGCGGACCCCUGAGAGC